UUGAUUCUGUUAAAUAUAAGGGUCGAUGUGGUCAGCCAUUGACGUGUGCUCACGGGCGCGUCUUUCUUUUCAUUCUCGUGUGCAUCAUCUAAAAAUUUACCCAAAGCCAAUCUCCUAAUUCCAUACCUCCCAACGCCCCUAAAGUGCAAAAAGUGCCCCCCCCCCCCCAUUAACUAGUCCCUGACACCCCUAAAAAAGGUUGGAAUUUUCAAUCAUCCAAGUCGAAUCCAAAUCCGAGCAUAGUAGACCGGUUCAGAGAACAUUCGACUCAGUGUUAAAACAUAGCCAGUUGUCAGUGGUAAUAAAAAGGAUGUUGAGUUCACAUGGUCGAAAAAAAGUGCCAGUGGGUAACUUUGGAUAAUCUCUUACUCUCUCAUUAUCCCAUUCCCACUCGUAAGUUAUCACGAACGAACCUAAUUUUACAUCAGUGUGACUAUAUCUACAUACCAGUGUUUCUAUUUCCAUUGCAUUAAUAUUCCUUAUAUUAAGGAGUAAAAAUCCGUGUCAAAUUGUGUUCCGCUAACUUUUAAUUUAUCAACUCCCCAAACUCGAUAAAUUUUCAGUACAAAUAAACCACGAAUAUAGGCUCUGUGAUUGUAUUUAUUAAUUGGUAACGGUUGAAACAGCAGGACGAACAAUCAUUAAAUAAUUAUUAAGUAAUUAAAAAAGAAAAUGCAUUGAUAUAAACAACGUAUCGAUGAUAUAAUUUGCGGGGGAUCGUCUGGCUGCAUCUAAAGCAUGUAGUCCCCGCCCCCAGAAUCAUUGAAUUCAAGAUUUACCAUUAAAACAUCGAGGGGUAGAUUUCCUCGAAAUAGUGGACGCAGCGAAAGGGGAUAUCGAAGCAACACGUCCCAGGGACCCAGGGACCAAUGCGUUAGCACAAAUAGACUAUGUAUUAAUAUUACAAUAAUUCACCAGCAGAUGGUAGUAGUGUGAAAAAGCAGCAAGUAGUACCAGGCGUAUAAGAGGCAACCCUGCAACGGUACUGGUGUGUGUUUUUCACGGGUUUAACAUUGUUAAGUUAUUCCCGUUGUUUCAUUCUGUUACAACAAUAUACCGAAACAAAUUUCGGCCUCAUUGUGGUAAAAUGUCGUUUCAGAAGCCCAAUGUGGGUUGAAGUGAGAUGGCAUCCAGGGAAAAGAGACCCUUAGCGCCUUCCUCAAAGUCAAAGCAAAAGGCAAACAAUGAUCCAGCUCUACCAACCUCAUCGAGCAAGACCAAGAAGGCCAAACUGUCCCCCUUCAUAUUAGAAGCAACAGGUAGCAAGCUGUCUCCUAAACUUGAGGGCUCCCUUCCACGCAAAAAAGUCCUCACAAGUCUCAAAUGUAAGAAGAAACUGCGCGCAGUUAAAUCGAACUUAAUCAAAGGGAAAGCUUCGAAGAACGCUCCUGUGAAGAACUUGAAGCGAAUCGCAACCCAAACAACGAACAAAACUACUAAAGCAAACCUCACGCGAAUAAAGAAGGCGAGGUCCUCACCCAAACCUCUUGAGGGGGAACUCUCUUCUUCAGAUAAAAACGAGCUUUCGACAUCUCGAGGCAGUCCAAAGACAACUCGAAAGCUGAAGCUCGGGCCUUGCUCAGACCCUCAAAAAAGUGCCAAACUUACCAGACGUAACCUCCACAUCAAAGAGGAAAUCGACGAAGACCUGAAGUACCUGAAGAACCGUAAAUCUAGCCCCUCAAACGAUCAAAAAAUUUCGCGUCAAAGACUCGAAUCACCAUUGUCAAGAUCGACGAUUGACUCAACAAUUGACGACGUGUUAGCGAUGGUCAGUGACAGUGAGUUAGAUUACUCAGUCUUGCCCUCUGAGGGUAAAGUCACUCGAAGUAAAAGAAUGAUCGAUGAUAAAUCAGUGCUAUUAGAACACGAGAUUAAAAAAGAGAUCAUCGACGAAGAUUUUGAUGAGGAUGAAUCGACUUCGAAUGAUGACCUUCAGACUGCCAUAGAUAUUAAGGAGUCUAAGAGAAAACUGAGUCAAAGAAGCUUGCGGAAUGGCAAACUCCGACAACUAGACUCUUCUCAAUCCGAUGAUCUGAAGAAAGGUCGUAGAUCAAAUGUCGAAGAAAUAAUGACUUCUGAAACUGUGGAGGACAUGACAUUAGGCGAACCAGUGGAUUCAAGACCCCCAGAAAUCACCAUUGGCGACAUUUCGCUGUCUCUAUCUUCAGACUCAAAACUGGCUGACGUAGAUUUACCAAUUUCCAUUGAGUACGAGAAUAACAAUAAUAGUGGCGUUUCUGAGAUUGACGGGGGUCCAACGCUGCGAUCCAAGACAAAAGCAAAAAGUACAGAUUCUCAAAUCCGAACUGAGGAUGAAGAAUUCUACAUAAUCGAGCCUCUCGAUGAGACUAAAAAACCUCAUGCCUUUGGUAAGCUCGCAAUCGAUAAAACUCCUGCAAAACGUCGAUCAUCCCUCAACAUUGAUGUUAAAAAGACGAUGGGUUCAAUGUACGGCAAUGAAAAGGCUGACGGAAGCGCCCCAAAAUCCCAGAUUGAUCAAAUGAUUGAAAACAUUAAAUUAACAAUUGCCAAAUCCAUUGAGAGCAAAAUUUUCGGCCCAGAGAAGGCUCUCGGUCUCACUAAAUCCUUCGAGUCUAUGAAUCCCCCAAAAAUCGAGGAGAUAAUUGUUCCCGUAAGCACCGAGACUCAAAAACUAAAUCUAGAUCCCCCAGAAAUCAUUAUCGAUGAUGAUCAGCCAAAAGGGUCCAAUGGAUCUAAGCAAAUCUCUCUGCAAAAUACUUCUAAUAAUAUUAAUAAUAGUUGUAAUAGUAGUACCAGUAAUAAUACUGAUAAUAGUGAUGAUACGGUGCCCAAGGUGGCAGACACUGCCAAAGAAAUUGAAAAACUAGUCAUGGGCGAUGAAAGUGAAGAAAUUAAUUUGAUUAAUAAUUCUAUCGAGGCUUCGUCUAGCAGAACUGACGAUGUACAAGAUAAUGAGGAAAUAGAAAAUGAAUCUAAAGACUCUAAAGAACAAGCAAAGAUCAAUGACGUUGAAAAGUCUGAGCAAAUAAUGACUGAAAGUAAACAAGAACAAGAAGAAGAAGAAAAAGAAGCAAAAACGACUUGUUUUAUGGAACACGAAACAUUGAAUGAGAUAGAAAAAUCGCUACAAACAUCUGAACGAUUGGAAAAUUCACCGCAGCUUGAGACGAUUGAGAGUAUCUCCAGGGAACUGGAAAAUCUGAUUUCUGGAUCCCCUUCGAUAGAAGUAUCACCUAGUGAAGAUAAAGAAGAAGGAAAUAACGAAACUCAUUUCAGCAAUGACAUUUCUGAGGUUUCCGAACGUGCUGAUGAACCUUUAGAGCCAAAUCUCAGCUCUCUACCUAUCUUUGUUGAUGAACCAAUAGUAGAACGAUCAGAUUCGCCUCAAAAUACUUCAGAAGUUGUUUCAGCCCCUCCUGAAGACUGUGACUCAGAACCCCUUGAAAAUUUUGAACAAAUUUCUGAAAAUCCAAUGCAAACUCUGGAAGUUCCUCCUGAGCCCACCAAAUCACCUGAGAACAAACAAGAAGACGGGAAACGAGUCCUUCGCGCUCGAGACAAGCAGAGAAAAUCAGAAAAAUCUAGAACUUGUGAGAUCCCCGAUCCUCCGGACCUGAAGGUUAAGACAGAGACAGAAAAUCCUCCUACAUAUUCGAACGAAUCUGAAGAGACUGAACGACAAGAUUCUCCUCAAAUGGGAGAGACAACGGGCUCAAUAAAAGUAGAGGAAGAGUAUCAAGGAAGGACCAGAAGGAGCAGAGAUAUAAAAAGACGUCGAGAGGACGUUUUGCUCAGCCAAAGUUCUUGUCAAAAAACCAAGAGGAACCGUAGAGAACCGAAGAAAGCCGAACAAAAUAAGGAGGAGACGCUUUUGGAUAAUGAAGUGGCCAAAAUUAAUGAGAAUAAUCGAGAAUAUUCUUCCGAGAAGUUUAAUAAACGUCUAGAGGGAACUGAGAGUCUUCGGAUAUUUUCUAGGCAUGACCGACGUAAUAGACCUGAAGAGAAUGAUCGAAGUAAAUCGGAAAAUGAUAUCGAGUCGGUGAAGGAAAAGUCAGAGGGUGUAGAGAGAUUACGGGCUGAUCGAUGUGGGAAUGAUAGGUUGAAGGCCAUUCAGGGAGCAGGGAUGCAGGAGACACCUGGGACUGAGAUGACUGAGACUGUGCAGAAGGAUUGCGAUGAGGCUUCCACCUCUGGAGAGUCCACUGGGAGUAUCUCCAUACCGAAGAUACUGGAGACCCCUGAGGAGACAGCGAUGAAGGAGAAAAUCCUUUUGAUGCUGGGGCUUGAGUCGGCGGAGAAGGCUGCGGAGAGGAAGAAGGCGAAGAUUGAGCAGUGCACUGGAGGACUCAAGACGGUUAUCCGGGUGCCUAAGGACUCCGGGAAAGAGAAAAAAAGAUCCAGGUCGCCGCUGAAGAUGGUGCUGAAGCAGGGCCGGGUUGAUGGCGGUGGGGAUUCGCCUGAAUUCUAUACGAUUCAGAAAGAGCUCGGAACCAGUGCUUUGGGAGAUAGCAGCUCUGGUGCGAACCGAAAGUUCUCUACUAACCACAGACAAUCUUGCGAUGAGGAUCCUGAGGAAACAUCAUCUAAGGACCGGCAGAGUCUCAUUAUUCCAGAGAAAUCUUCGUCUUUCUCAAUACACCCUGGACGUCUUUGUGCAGAUGUUUGUUGUUAUUGCUUUGGGAAAUUCGGGUCACUUGAUACACCGAUGCACUUGGCGCAAAUGAAGUCUGAUGAGAGGAGAAGGAAAAUUUUGAAUGUCGAGAGACAUCUCACUAAAGACUCGUGCUUGUGUGAUGCUUGUUAUCGUCAUGUUGACAGAAAAGCGAAUACAAGUCCGACCAAUAUAUCAAAACCCCAACGACAGCACCGACAGCUGAUGGUCUCCAAAUGUUCCGCCAGAGAUUGCAGAGAUUCCGCGAGACAUCUCGUGAAACGUCGAUGGCUCUUGAAAAUAAAAUCAUGCCUUCAAAAUCAGGUGGACAUCGACUGGGAAUCAAGUCAGCAUACAUCCAUGUCUUUCUGCAUCGCCCACUAUGCGACAAUUGAGCGUUUCCUGACUUGUGCCCUCUGCAAGCGUCGCCUAGUCCGUAACCACACUCAUCUUCUCCCGGUCAGUGAAGCAGACGAGUUGAAUCGUAUUCUUCCCCAGCAAGGUGUCCCCAUCUUACUCGUAUCCGGCACCUUCGUUUGCAAGCUCUGCCGUUACUACACUCAGCUGCAACUAAAAUACAAAGACGUGGAAAACAUGAAUGUGAGUCAUCGAUCUUUUGCAAAAAGCUAUCGAAAAAGAAUUCUCUACAACAACAAUCUCGACAUUGACGACGAUGAGGAGGAGCCAGCUCAAAACUUUCAAGCUAAGGAUAAUAAAGAUAAGGAGAAAGAGAAGGAGAAAGAAAAGGAGAAGGAAAAGGAGAAAGAUAAAGAUCGAAAAUCCGUCAAAAAAACAAAGUACCAUAAUCAAUUAUCCAAAAACAAUUUGUCAAAGUCCCCAGAGAGUAAUACCUCAUCGGAAAAAUCGACUCCCGAGCCUCCAAAAACCGACAAUUUAGGUGAGCCUAAACGCCGGGAAUCUGAAGUAAGAGGUGAUGGGGCUUCAUCUAUAACCGAACAAAUGUUAGAUCUAGAAAGUACAGUGGAAAAGUUGAAAAAACGAAAGGCAUUGGAUCAACACCUCUACUCCACAGACUCUCCAAUCUUUUCAGACGACAACACUGUCAAUGUCGUGGAGAUUCUGGCGAUGGAUAAAGAGGAAGUCACACUAACUCGAUUACCCAAGAAGCCCAAACUGGCUAGUAACCAGAAUCAAAAUUCCAACGAUAUAACUCCAGUGGUGCAACGACUGGGAGCAAACCCGUCAAUAAGUGUGCGAACAUUGUUUCCUGGAGAAGAGGAGAUGGGUCUCCAUGCUAAUGUUGAAUUUUCGAAUAUAAGAGAGAUAACACCUCAAGGAUGGGAGAAGUGUGCGACAAUAAUUCAAUAUGACAGAGACACAAAAUUACUCUGGCAAGAGUUACAAAGACCCUAUGGCAAUCAAAGCUCUUUCCUCAGGCAUCUCAUCCUUCUGGAAAAGUACUACAGGUCUGGAGACUUGGUUUUAGCUCCCAACGCAUCGAGGAACGCUAUAAAUUACUCGACAUCAGUGCAAAAUCGAUUGAUAUCAUACGAAGGACCAGAAAAGAUGGAUGAACCAAUUACUGAGCCAAUUCCCAAUGAGUUCCAUCACUCGAAAAGGUUCAGUGGAGGCUAUCUGAUGGAAAGAGAUAAAAGUUCCCUACCUGGUAAUAGCAGCGUCACCACACCUGUCACUCCAGUUACAAUAUCAGUGACUCCAACUGUAACAACCCCGUCAAGAAUACCCCCUGCUAAAACACUAUCAAAAUCUAGUCCCUCUAGAAUUUUGAAAAUCAAUCCAGGUGUUUCGAUAAUCAAGAAACCGCCACCGAAUCUUCAACGGCUCAGUUUACCCUCCAGCAGUGGCACUUCUCCAGCUAAUGGAUCAGCUAAACGCAAAGAUGCCUUCCCGAGCAAGAUUACUGGCACUGGAACAUCUGGAGGAAAGGUCUUUCAACUUAGUGAACCAGAUUUUAAAAGACUUCAGACCCUGAAAAAGCAGAAGAUGAUCAAUGAGAAAAUCAAUACAUCCAGCAAUACCAAGCUGAGCAAUCUCCAGUAUCAAAAGGCACAAAUCGCUGCUCAGACGCAGUUUCAAAAGCAUUUGAGGAUGCAACAGGAGAUGCUCAGUCGUCAGAGCCGUGGUGAUUUUGAACCACUAAUUUGUGACGUUAGAUCAUUGGCUAAUGAGAAUACUCCUGCACAGAAUCUUCUUAAUAAUUUAAAUCUGCCAAAAUCUAUUCAGGUUACUACUAAACCAUCCAACAGCCCUAUUCCCAUUUUACCAAAAAUUCCCAAAUCCCUUACUGUUAUACCACAGACUAUUCCCAGGAAUGUGGAUAAGUGACGAGUGAGAAGGAGGAGGGGGAGGAAAAGGAGGGCAAGAAUAGGAUGAUGGAUAUUUUAAACAAUUCAUUGAAUACUCAUCGACUCGACAUAAUGAGAAGAAAGUUGAAAUGUUGGAAGAUGGGCCACCGUGGUUAUCUCAUAAUUACGUGGUUUGUAUUUUUUGAGCCGUUAUUAUUGGAGGGAAAGACAAUUUCUCCGGAUUAUAAAUUGUAAAUUAUUGGAUCUGUAGUUGAGAGAUGAAAUGAAAUAGAUUGAAUGUCAUUUUUUUUCAUUAUGAAAGGGAGGUACUAAAAAAAAGUCUUUUGAUAAUUUCAUUCAAAAUUUAUGAUAAACAUGAAAUUUUGGUUUUUUAUGCAAAUAUCUUGGAAAGACGUUGUUUCAGGGAAAAUGCCAAAAAAACAUUCUGUUAUCAAUGAGAAGAAGUCACCUGUCAUUUUGCCCAAAACCACUUGCUCUUGAGAUAAUUACAUAAAUAACAGAACACAUUACCAUUUCUCUACAGAUAACAUUAUUAUGAUAACAACUGUGUUAAAUGGGUUUCAUACCCGAUGAAUGAUACAUAUGAACAAAUAAACAAAAAUUAUUUGUAUGAAGAAAAAAAAAUGAAUAAUUGAAAGUGACAGGAAUUAAAUGUUGAAAAGUGCCUAAUUGUCGCAAAAAAUGAGACUCAAGUGGAGUGUAUUGACAAAUCAGUGAGGACAGAGACGCGGAGCGUUGCUAGUUUAUAAUUAUAUAUAUGUUAAUCGCGAUAAUAAUUAUUUAAUUUGAACAUCCUACUGACGUAUACCAAUCAUAAUCUCUAGCAGGGAAUAUUUAAAUUGAUUUGAAAAUGAGAAAAGCAUUCAUUUUCAUUGGUUAAUCUGCAUUAUAUAGUUGACGAUUAUAUCCUCAUCACAUCAUUUUUUAUUAAUUUUCUCGUCUUUUCAUUCAUCAUAGAUUAAUCAUUGAUCGUUGAUUUAUAUGAAAACAACAUGUUUGUAGACCCCUAUCGGUUUAGAUUAAUAAUUUAUGAUUUACUGAUUUAGUUUCGUCGAAUAAAUGAAUUUGAAGCGGAGAAAAAACGAGAAAUUUCCCAAUUUCUUCACGAAAAGUUCAUAAAAUGCAGAAAAAUGUGUUAAGUUCUAUAUUUAUUACGUGACUCGUAAUUGUUGUAAAUACAAAUACAAUACAAAAUCGUUUCUUUUUUUUAGUUUCUUGGUGCGACCAAUUGUCAAGUCCUAUUACUUAUUGAUAAUUAUUACAUAAAUUACCCAUAAUUGAUUACAUCAAUUAAUUAUUAUAAUUAAUAUAAUUGAUAGAAAAAUAUAUAAAUUGCUUAAAUAUCCAGGCGCAUUUACUGGUUUAUAUGAAUGAAUAUAAAUCAAUGAAGAGAGAUAUAAACGUGCAAGCGCCUUAUUAAGAAUCAUAUGUUUUAGAGAGUGAAGAAAAAAGCAGAGCUACACGAUAAAUAGAUGGCUGUUUUUUUUGGCAAAAGUGAUAGUGUGGAUGUAAAUAACUAAUUAACGAUUUAAGGUAAUGGAUUAGCAGCAAAGGACUGAACGAUUUCCAGAUGGAUAGACCAACAAACUGCCCCAUUCUUCAUUAUUAAAUAAAAAUAGAAAAAACAUUAAAACUGGAAUUUUCGAACUGUGAUGAUCGUUUGCAUCUAACGAUUAAGUUAUGAGAGAGGCGGAAAAUUGAGCAACGUCGAUAAAAAAAUCAACUCCAGAUCAAUCAAUCAAUUACUUCAUUAAUUCUGUGGCUGAAGUCGUAAAACGUAAUAGAUCAAAGUUGAAAUUUCGGUCAAUUUCGAAACCUCUUCAAUCUUUUAUUAUUUUGUUGUCGGAGGACUUGCCCGUGAAAUCAUUUCACUUUCAAUGAGAUCUAAAGUUCUUAUUUGCCACUUCGUCACUUGAUUAAUUGAUUAAUUAAUUAUAGCUGUGUGUUGAGAUGAAAAUGACCAGUUAUUUUCAUUUAAUUAAUUGGAGAUGGAGCUAAGCUCAAUCGAUAAUAAGGUAUAAACAAUUAUGUGCAAAAUAAUAAAUCGAAAUGAUUACAGUGUGAACAUCAUUGUCUUUACACAAAUCGUUGAUUCUCCUAUGGAGGAAAAAAAAUUGAGUACUAAUAAAAUAUUUAUGCGCGAGUUAUGGAAUGUGUGAGGAAAUUAUUAUUGUAUUUGCAUAGCACUCAGAAAGAAAACUUGGUAUACAAUUUCUAUAUAUGAAAAUGCUCUAUUUUACUAAGGAUAUUUUUGAUAUAUAUCUAUAUAUAAAUAUAUAUAUCGAAUCAUUAAAAGUAAUUUGAAAAUUUGAUGGAAUUCGAUGGGAGAAAAGUGAUGAUAACACUAAAGUUGAGGAGAAGGAAGAAUAUGAGGGUUCCUAGAUAUCUCACCGACACUUAUACAUGUUGAGAUUUUUUAAUUGAUUUAGUUUUUCCAUCACUGCAAAUUGGAAGAAUAAAAAGAUCAAUGGACUAAUGGGACUGUUGGGAGUUUUGAAGGAAUUUGGGGUAGUUACAUUUUGCGAAUAUUCUCUCUACUGUACGUACGACUGACAAUGAAGAUUAUAAAGGAAGAGAGAAGGAGAAAGAAAUGAUAACAAUGAUUAACAAAAACGUAAGUUGAACUUUUGAGAAUUCUAUUUUUCUGCUGAAAGAGUUAUAAGAAAAGAAUAAAUUGGGAUGGAGGAAGAUAAUUGAGGAUACUUUCAAGUGAAAAAUUUAAUUUUUUUGGCUUUAUUUUCCCGUAACAUGAACAAGACAAUGAACUAAUUGACACAUAAUUUUACGAUUAAUUUUCAAAUCGAAGCGCUCUAGAAAACACGAUUAAGUGCUCUUUAGGCCCUAUUUGCUGGACUAAAGAAAAAAAAACAUCUUUGAACCCAUUCAAUUCCAAGAUGCUCAGCAAAUAAUACGUCAGAAAUUGUAAAAAGAGAAAUACAUGAAUGGAAAAUGAAGGUUUCAUUGACAUUAUUUCUUGAAUAUCUCUGGAUCUACCAAGUUUAAAGAUAAAUGCCAAAAAAUCUCUUUGGUAGGUCACAAAACUUUCUACGUAGAAGAUUUUUCGUCAUUUUUCUCUAAACCCAAUGGUUUUAUAGAUGUUUACAUAAUAGUGUGACCGACAUUUCUCAACAUGUUAUCACUAUCGGCUCAGUGUUUGCAAAGUCAAAUUCAUUUAGGCUUUGUCAAUCAAUAAACCAAUUUCGUCGGGUACUGAAAUUGAUUUUUAAUUUUUUGACAUUGCACAAAAGUUUCUUAGAUUCAUAAGAAGCAUAAAAAUAGAAAAAAAAA